CGCGCAUGCGCGAUCAGCCAGGUGUCGGUGCAGUUCCGGGUCGGCCGAAGGGGUCCUGUGCUCAGAACCCAAUAUCAAGUACUGCCUCAACGAAAACAACCCGUGAAUCUAUUCCCGAAGAACCCUCGGUCUUUUUUUUGCUAUCAUACACAGAUAAUAUUGUAAAAUUUUAUAAGGAGAAGACCUAAAAGGAUGAAUUUUUUCAGGGGAGUGAUCGGAGGGCAGGCUGCCGGGGCCCAACCUUCUGGUGCAGAGACGAUCCAGAAACUGUGUGACAGAGUGGCCUCGUCUACGUUGCUGGAAGAUCGGCGUGAUGCAGUACGUGCUUUGAAAUCGCUGUCAAAGAAAUACCGUUUAGAGGUUGGCACACAGGCUAUGGACCACCUGAUUCGUAUAUUACAAACUGACAGCUCAGACUCGGAAAUUAUCGGGUACGCUCUGGACACUCUAUACAAUGUUAUCUGCAAUGACGACGAGGAAGAGCAAGAGGAGAACUCUCAGAAGCAGGCCGACGACCUGGGAGCUCAAUUCACAGACAUCUUCAUCAAGGAGCCGGAGAACGUGACGCUGAUCCUCACCCUGCUGGAGGAGUUCGACUUCCAUGUCCGGUGGCCGGGAGUGAAGCUUCUCACUGCCCUGCUGAAGAACCAGUGUGCUCAGGUGCAGGGCGUCGUGCUCGUCAGCCCCAUGGGUGUCUCGAGGUUGAUGGAUCUGCUGGCCGACUCGAGAGAAGUUAUCCGGAAUGAUGGUCUGCUGCUUCUGCAGCAGCUGACGAAAGGAAACGCCGCCAUUCAGAAGAUCGUGGCUUUUGAAAACGCCUUCGAGCGACUUCUGGACAUCAUCACGGAGGAGGGCACUAGCGAUGGCGGAAUUGUGGUUGAGGACUGUCUGCUGCUACUGCUAAACCUCCUGAAGAACAACAGCUCCAACCAAAACUUCUUCAAGGAGGGAUCCUACGUCCAGCGCAUGAGGCCGUGGUUCGAGGUGGGGGACGACAACUCGGGCUGGUCGGCUCAGAAGGUGACAAACCUUCACCUGAUGUUGCAGCUGGUCCGGGUGAUGGUCUCGCCCGUCAACUCUCCAGGCGCCACCAGCAGCUGCCAGAAGACCAUGUACCAGUGUGGCCUCCUGCAGCAGCUCUGCACCAUCCUCAUGGCCACUGGCGUCCCAGCGGACAUCCUCACAGAGACCAUUAACACUGUGUCAGAAGUCAUCCGUGGAUCGCAAGUCAACCAGGACUACUUCGCGUCGGUCAAUGCCCCUUCCAACCCUCCAAGGCCUGCCAUCGUCGUGCUCCUAAUGUCCAUGGUCAAUGAGAGACAGCCCUUCGUUCUACGCUGUGCCGUGCUCUACUGUUUCCAGUGCUUCCUCUACAAGAACCAGAAAGGCCAGGCGGAGAUCGUAGCCACCCUGCUGCCAUCUACCAUUGAUGCUAAUUCGAUCUCCGCGGGACAGCUCCUCUGUGGGGGCCUGUUCUCGUCCGACUCGCUGUCCAACUGGUGCGCGGCUGUGGCCCUGGCGCACGCCCUGCAGGACAACCCCACGCAGAAGGAGCAGCUGCUGCGGGUGCAGCUGGCCACCAGUCUGGGGAACCCACCCGUAUCACUGCUGCAGCAGUGCACCAACAUCCUGUCCCAGGGUGAUAAGAUCGAGCGACGGGGCAGCAAGGUGCAGACUCGCGUGGGCUUACUGAUGCUUCUCUGCACCUGGAUCAGCAACUGCCCCAUCGCGGUCACACACUUCCUGCACAAUCAAGACAACGUCCCCUUCCUGACGGCCCAGAUCUCGGAGAACCUGGGAGAGGAUGAGCGGCUGGUGCAGGGCCUCUGCGCCCUCCUGCUGGGCAUCUGCAUCUACUACAACGACAACUCGCUGGAGAAUUGCACCAAGGAAAAGCUGAAGCAGCUGAUCGACCGCCGGAUCGGCAAGGAGAACUUUGUAGAGAAGCUGGGCUUCAUCAACAAGCAUGAGUUGUACUCCCGGGCCGCCCAGAAGCCGCAGCCCUCCUUCUCCAGCCCUGAGCAGAUGCUGUUUGACCAUGAGUUCACCAGGCUGGUGAAGGAGCUGGAAGGCGUCAUCACGAAAGCGGUGCAUAAGUCCAGCGAGGAGGAGAAGAAGGAAGAGGAGGUGAAGAAGACACUGGAACAGCACGACAGCAUUGUGACUCAGUACAAGGAGCUGAUCAGGGAGCAGGACACGCAGAUAAAUGAGCUGAAGGAGAAGGUGUCCAGCACGACGUCACAGAACGAGCAGAUGCAGUCCACGAUCACGCAGCAACUAGCGCAGAUACAGCAGCACAAAGACCAGUACAACAUCCUCAAGCUGAAACUGGGGAAGGACACCCUGCAGUCUGGUGGUCUGGCAGAGGGGGCCCAAGUGAACGGCCUGCAGCUGGAGGAGCUGGAGGAGCUGCGCAGACAGAAUGCGCAGCUGCAGACUCAGCUGGCUGAGAAGGACUCCCUCGUCGCUAACUUGAGGUCGGAGAGUGCCCAGUCAGCAGACAUCUCAGAAAACGCAGAGCUUCUCAAGGAACUAGAAACGACGAGGGGUCAAAUCCAGGCCCAGUCUGCGGAAAUCAGCCAGCUGAGGGCAGAGAGACAGGACCUGCUGAGGAAGGUGGAGUCAGCGGUGCAGGGUGGGCUGAGGACUGCAGAGGGUGCAGGAGAUGCGGCCAAAACCUCUGAGCUGGAGGGCCGGCUCUUGGCACAGGAGGCGGAGAAGCUGAAGGCGGAGGUGAAAGGCCUGACGGAGUCUAGGACGGGCCUGGAGCAGCAGUUAGCGGCGGCCAACAGCACGGUGGCCAUCCUGCAGACGGAGAAGGCUAAGCUGCAGAAGGAGGUGGCCGAAUCCAAGAAGGAGCAGGACGAGCUGCUGGUGCUGCUGGCCGACCAGGACCAGAAGAUCCAGGCGCUUAAGGAGAAGCUGAAGGAACUUGGAGAGCUGGUUGAAGAUGAAGAUGACUUGGAUUCCAGGGACCAGUUUGACGACGACGACGAGGAGGAUGAUGAUGAUGACGACGACGAGGAAGAGGAUGGAGAGGAAGAUGAGCCAAAUCCAUAGAGAAGGAACUGUUUGUUUUCAGAGAAGAACAGGAACGUUUCUCCAUUUGCGACACUAUUAUAAAAUACCAGAAGGGUUAGGUCUUAAGUUGCAUCGGUUUCCGUAAAACAUCGUCACAGCAUUUUUAUUUCUCAACGCGUAAUAGUUUUAAUUUUUAGAUUUUUAAGAGGAGCUUGUUAGCAGGGCGCGGUCUUCGUGCCACGUGGCAGACGGAAAAUGGCGGCCUUGAGUUCCGGCAGAGCAAAGAAUCCAGCUUGCAUCAGUGUGCGAUGUAGAGCUGCUGAAGACGUUUUGAUAUGCAACUGCUUAACUAGGGGGUGUUUUUUUUUUUUUUUUUUUUUCCCUAAUUAUUAUUUUUACUCGGGGCAGCUGUUGGUGAGCUCAGAAGGCAUGUAUGAUCCACGCCCCCUGGAGGGGGAGGGGUGAGGGGGCAGCCAUUUAGGUGAAAGAGUGGUGAGACAGCCUGGCCCGUGCUGAGGAGUGCCUUCCGCCUCCCCCCGCCCUUGUGAAAUUCAGGUGUCCCCCCCGCCAGCCGAUAUACCGCGGGAGUGAUCGCUUUCAGCGGACAUGAGAAAUAUUUUUGCUAACUUUUUUUCCCCGAAUCAGGUAUGAAGAAUCUGUAAUUCUGUGUAAUUAAUUAAUAGGCAUGAACGCCGACUGGAAAUAAAGAGUAAAUACAUGUAUAGGUAAAAGAAUGGGUAUUCAAAAUCAUUUUCAGCGUCGACAGAAGGAUUUGCCAUAGGUGGAAAAUAGUCGUCAUGAGGUCCUGCCCAGGGACCAUAAGGAUUCUUCACCUGGAAUGCUAACGUCGAGAUGCUAACGUCGAGAUGCUAACGUCGAGAUGCUAACGUCGAGAUGCUAACAGGCUUCUUAAUGCAGCGUUUUCCUGCUUUGUUCCCUGCUUUUUUUCCACCAUUAUGAGCCUGAGUACGGAUCUGUCCAUCUGUCAGGGACGCAGAGGGGUGGUGGAGUCGGAAGGUUAAGUGUUUCUGACAUUUAACGACCUGUCCUGCAGACACUGAUCGCGAGGAAGCAAGGUGUUCGUAAGCAGGCCAAAAAUGGGCGGGUUCUCGUAGUGUUCCGGAAGAAAUUUUUGCAGCGAAGGAAUUGUUCAAACAUUUCACUUAGUUCGAAUACUUUUGUAGUCCCAAGAUCCCUCGCGGGAUGUGGCUGUUUAUUAAGUAUAGGUGACUGGAGGGAAUUCCAAAAUGGUCAUUGGAUAACUUACCCAAUAUUGUUCUAUUGGCCAUAAAAUUUAUUAAAGCUAAUGUUGAAUUUUA